AUGUCAAAUGAUCAGUGCGAAGUUGCAUUUCCAGGAUUGUUUGUUGAGAUUGAUAGGAUGGUAGCGGGAAGAAAAAGUCGAAAAAUACGACUCGAUGAGCUAGAGAAGCUCGAGUUUGAAAACUCUUACGGAUAUAUCAGGGCGAUGAUUCGUGAUAACCAGGUAUUAUUGUUCUGGAGCGCCUACUUGUCAGCACCAUUAACGCAAUAUGCAGCUUUAUGUGAUUACUGCAAACGACGGUAUCAUUCUCGCCGUCUCGCAACUCUCCAUUCCCUCCACCAAGCCAUAAUCACCAGUCCACACCCUCUUCCUAAUAGCGAGUUUGCUCUUGCCACUGGGGAUAAACUUGAGGGGGGCUACCUUGCCUGGGCGUUCGCUCGGGACGUUGGAGAAACAACCAAUAGCACCUGGCUCAUGCCUGACUUUGGUCACUGGUCAUGGCCUGAGCCCAAAGUUGGCUCUUUUAUCGAGGCUCUCCUCAAAGCUGACGAUGUCGAUGCGGAAUAUAUAUCACCUAGAGACGGGAGAUAUUCACUUGAUGGGAAGGAAAACAAAUUGGUUUGGCGUGGUGCAGACUUGGGGUUGGAUAUAAGGAAAGGCCUGUUUGAUGCCACGAAGGAUAAGCCGUGGUCCAACAUUAAAACUGUGGAUUGGGGAAAUCCGGAAAGUGUUAAAAACGACCUUUUGACGAUGGCAGACCACUGCCGGUAUAAAUUCCUGGCACAUGUGGAGGGAUACAGUUACAGCGGGAGACUCAAGUAUCUGCAAGCUUGCCACUCUGUCAUCAUUGCCCAUAAAUUGAACUGGGUUCAGCAUUACCAUCCACUCAUGGUUUCACAGGGACCACUACAAAACUUUGUAGAGAUCAAGAGAGAUUGGAGCGAUUUGGAGGAGAAGAUUGAAUUUUUGAUGAAGAAUCCUGCAAAGGCCGAAGAGAUCGCAGCGAGGAGUAGGGAGAUUUGGAGGAGGUACUUGAGUCCUGCCGCGACCAACUGUUAUUGGAGGAGGCUUUUGGUGGCAUGGGGAGAGCUGCUGGACUUUGAUCCCCAGUUCUACAGUGAUUCGAUCACGUUGAGCGGAAAAGGGAAAAGUGGCCGGGAAUGGAGAGGAGUACCAUUCGAGAGCUUCUCGGUGAGUUUCUAG